AUGUACCCAAAAUCUGAUAAUUGUUUAGAACAUCCUCUUGGUAUAUUGUGUGAAUGUAAAGAACAUCAAGAAAUACUAAAUAAAUUUAUGUUUUACAGUAUUGGAUCGCGACACUAUUCACUACCCAAAAUGAAUGUAGAACCAAUUGCUUCAGCAAAGGUUUUGUGGAUAAAGAAUCCUAUCAAAUUAAAUGAAGAGUUUUCGAAACCUAUGCUUGAUUAUUCUCGAACAAAAUUAGAUAUUAAUGCUCAAAGUGUAGACAAAAUAUGGGUACCUCUAGUAUCAGACCUAAUACCGCUAAAGGACAUCAAACUAGAAUUUUGA